AUGUGGGGACUUAGAAAUGUUGGAGAGAUUGUCAACGUUCAAGAAGUUUAUGAUGGUUACCCCAACAUAUUCUCUAUUGAACUUCAUCACGGAGGGAGUUUCACAAAGUUUCCAAAUAUCAGGUAUAUUAAUGGCCAAGUAAGGUACUUUGAUGUUGUCGACAUUGAUGAAUUUUCUGUUCAUGAACUAGAGUUGAUGAUGAGAGAAUUAGGGUAUGAUGGUACUGAAAUCAUGUAUUACCAUUUCCGUUUACAUAAUGAAGGAUUUGACUUUGGACUCCGAGCAUUAGGUAACGAUGAUGAUGUGCGUAAUCUCUCACGGUAUGUUACCCAUAAUAACAAAAUGAUUAAAGUGUACACAGAGCAUGGUCAAACGAACUUGCUUACAUAUUUUAUGUCCCCAACUGGUCCAAGAAGGGUUAUAAUAGAAGACUUGGAUAAUCAAGGUCCUCUUAGACCAUCAUCACAUGUAGUUGCUCGUGAAGUGGUAACUCCAAUCCAAAUUGAUGUUGAUGAGGGUGAUUUAGGGUUAACAUUAACCUUAUACAAAUCACCAACACCUAAAUUUAGUAGGUCUAAAGGUUGGAAACAUAGUAAAGGGGCAUCGUCUACCAGUAGAAAUCUUAACUUGGAUUGGGAAGGUGGUGAAAAAACAAUGGCAAGUGGUGAAGUUGAUAAAGGUAAGGGUGUAGAAGGAUUUGCAGAUGAAUUUGUUGUAGUUGAUGCAGAAAAAGAGUUAAACAAACAGAUUGAUAUGAAUGAAGAACUUGACAUGAACAAAUCCAAUGGUGAGGGUGUAGAAGGAUUUGCAGAUGAGGGGUAUAGAGUUGUCAUGGAUAAUGAUCCUCAAGGAGUCAAUGAAUUUUCAACUAACAUCAACAUAGAUGAUGAGUUAAUGACAAACUUUCAACCUUUCGAAGGGUUUGAAGACCAAGAUAGCAUCCCAUUUAAUGGGUUUGAAGGCCAAGAUAAUAUUCCUUUCAAUGAUGAGUGGAGACAAGAGGAGCCUGAUGACAUUGAGCUUGAGAAUCAAAACAGUGAAGAUGAAGAUAGUGACUUUAUGAUUGAUGAGGACAACAUAAUUGAAGAUGUUGAGGUUGACAUGGAGGAUUUCAAUCUAAAUAUUGAUACAGAAGCAGAGUUCAAUGGAUGUCAAAGUUUGGGUGGUCAAAGAAAUGAAGAUAGUGAUGAACAAGAGGAUUUGGAGGUAAUUGAUAAUGACGAGUGGGAUUCACUAAGUGAUGACUCAGGGGACAACAGGAAAAGAAGAGAAAUGAUCAAAGAGCUGGGGAAACAAACCUUAUGUUCUGCUGUUUUAAAUGCAAGUGGGGUAGGUGGACCUACCUUUGGGAAAAAGGUAAAGGGUAAAGAUGUAAACUCAGAUAAAGUUAAAUGCGCAUGGAAACUUCAUGCAUCUAGGUCAAGUGAACAGGACUAUUGGUUUAUUAAGACCUAUAAUCAGAAACACAUCUGCCUCCAAACACAAAAAAUCAGAUCUUGCACAGCAACAUUUCUUUCCAAACGUAUUAUGGAUCAGAUUGAAGCUAAUCCUGGACUGCCUGUUCGUGCCUUACAAGAGCAAAUCCAAUCAACUUAUGGAGUUAGUAUUUCAGAAGAGAAAGCAUUUAGGGCAAAAGCAUUAGCCACCAAAAAUGUUGCAGGGGAUUACGUAAAGCAAUAUGCAGCUUUGAGAGACUAUGUACUAGAGCUACAAAAGACAAAUGAAGGUACAACUGUAAAGAUUGAUGUGGUUUCUGAACCUGUGGUUUCAUCCCCAACCAGGCAAUUCAGAAGGAUAUAUGUGUGUUUAGGUCCUUUGAAGAAAGGAUUUAAGGCAGGUUUGAGAGAAUUUUUAGGCUUAGAUGGAGCCUUCAUGAAGGGACCUUUCCCAGGUCAAAUACUAAGUGUAGUUGGUGUUGAUUCCAACAAUGGAACCUACGCAUUGGCAUAUGUUGUUGUUGAAAUUGAAAACACUUCAAGUUGGAAAUGGUUUCUUCAGUGUCUUGCAGAAGAUCUUGACUUGUAUUCAAAUUCCAACUUCACCUUUGUCAGUGAUAGACAGAAGGGUCUUCUACCAGCCAUAGAACAAUUGUUCCUUAAUGCAGAACACAAGUUCUGUAUUAGACACAUAUACCAGAACAUGAGGAUCAGAUUUAAGACUAGAGAGUACAAGGAGUAUUUUUGGAGGUGUGCUACAACCACCACCAUACCAGAGUUUGAAGCUGUAAUGGUAGAGCUAAGGAAUUAUGACAUAGAAGCAUAUCAGUGGCUCUUGAAAAUCCCUCCACAUCAUUGGGCUAGAAGUCAUUUUUCAGGAAGGGCAAUUUCAGACAUGUUAUUGAAUAACCUUUGUGAAGUGUUCAAUAGCAAACUUGUUAAAGGGAGAGAAAAACCCAUUAUCAGUUGUUUGGAGUUCAUCAGAGAGUACCUUAUGAAGAGAGUAUGCAAUGUGAUGAAGGUGUUAAACAAGUGUCAAGGUCCAUUAACUCCAACUGGUACUAGGAUUUUGGAAGCAAACAUAACACUAGCUAGUAAGUAUCAUGCACGAUGGAAUGGGGGACAAAAGUAUCAGGUUAAAGGUCCAUGGAAUGAUCAACAUGUGGUGGACAUGGAAAAAAGGGAGUGUAGUUGUAGAAAGUGGUAGCUUACUAGAAUUCCUUGCAAGCAUGCAAUUGCAAGCCUAAAUGAAAUGACAGACAAUAAUGAAAAGGUGGGAGAACUCUACACCUAUGUGCAUAAGGUGUAUUGGCUUGAUACAUGGAAAGAGAUGUACUCCUUCAAGGUGGAGCCUAUCAAAGGUAGAGCCAUGUGGCCUAAGAGUGACUGCCCAACAACUCUUGUGCCUCCACCACACAACAAAUCUAUAGGCAGGCCAAAAAAGAAAAGAAGGAUUACAGCAGAGGAAAGGAUUAAAAUCCAACAACGUAAGAGGCAAGCAAACAGUCAAAGUCAAAAUGAUAAUGAAACUCAAUCACUGAGCAGGAAGUUUUUGAGUGUGACAUGUAGUAAGUGUAAGCAAAAGGGUCACAAUGCCAGGACCUACAAGGCCAAAGAUGGGAAUUGAUGUUUAAGUACUUUUUAUGUUUGUGAAUACUUGUUAAUGCACUUUAGUUGGUACUUUGUUGCCUUUUUUUGGUUCCAUUUUGAUAAUAUACUUUGAUGCCCUUUUAUGGAACAAUGUACUCCAAUGUUUUGAUAAUGUACUUUAAUG